AUGAGUACCUCGCCGCGGCGCGCGCAGAAGACGCCGGACGUGUAUUGCCGGGCGCGCGUCGCGGGCGGGCCGCCGCAGGACUGCCGCGACUGGUGGAAGACCAAGACCGUCCAGAACUCGGUCGCGCCGCAGUGGGACGCCGAGUUCACGCAAGCGUUGGCCGCACCGGAGCUCUGUGUUGUGGUAUUGGAGUGCUGGGACGACGACACCGUGACGGGCGACGACUUCCUCGGCACCGUCGCCGUGCCCCUGUCCGAGGUGACGUCAGGGAAGCAACUCGACUUGCCUCUACUGGCCGCGACGCUCGCGCCGUGGCCGCGGAAGCACGGCGCGCCGUCCCUCCAAGUGACCUUUGAUUUGGUUCUUAUUGCGGCGUCCCGAGCUGCCUUCAUACGCGCACGAGACCCCGCCACGCCGUCGCCGCGACACUCGCCACGCAGGUCUAUGCCGACGCCGCCCCUCGGGGGGCUUAG